AUGCAGCGGCGCAGCCCCGCGCUGGGGCUCGUGCUCCUGGCGCUGGGCGUCCUGGGGAUCGCCGGCGCGCCGACGGAGAUAGUGGAUGGCUCGCGGGAGGGCGCCAGCCUCGACUUCGGCCAGCGGAAGGUGUACACCUUCGUGGUGCCUCGCCGAUCCGGUGGCUACCCCACCGUGGAGGUCGUCCUGUCCCAGGUCAGCAAGAACGGCCAGGCGGACGUGUUCUGCAGGACGGGGGAUGCCGGGAAGGGGGGGAAGAACGCGCCGGGACCGGGGAACUUCAUGUGGCGGACCAACUUCACGACGGGCGGGGACACGAUUGAGCUGAAGCCGGAGGCCGUGGGGGACCACGCGGAGACCAUGGAGGUGGAGGACCCGGUUUAUGUGUGCGCGGUGGUGGCGGUGGGGGACCCGGAUUUCCGGACGGAAUUCGAACUGGAGCUGGCGCUGGAGUACGCCACGCCGUCGCUGGCGGAGGAGGAGAGGGCGAUCAUGCGGGAGGUGUACCAGGCGUGCUGCCGGCAGGGAGGCGACUGCGAGAAGUGGCCGCGCCUGCAGUCGCACUUCCCCACGGUCGCAUUCGCCGACGACGACGGUGACCAGGGGGAGGGCGUCGAGCUGGAUGGAGUGGUGCUGGACUUCUGCCAUGUGCGCGGCUGUGAGUGCAACACCGAGGGCCGCCUCAGGGUCCUGGACCUGGACUUCUACGGUCUCAAGUGCCCCUUUCCCAGCCAGUUCGGCCUGCUGGACGGGCUAGCGGAGCUGCACCUGUCAAGCAACAUCCUCGGGGGGGACAUCCAGGAGGCCCUGGCCUCGCUGUCCGGCCUGCGACGCCUACAGAACCUGACGCUGAGGAAGAACAGCAUGCAGGGCAGGCUGGACGGGGGCGAGCACUUCGAGCAGGAGGCCAACGCGUUCUGCAGGAUGGCGUCCAGGCUGCAGCAGCUUGACCUGGAGGAGAACGUCAUCGAGGGCUCCCUGCCGGCCUGCACCUUCAGCGGCACCCUCGGGCACUUCACCAUCUCGAGCAACCUCCUGACGGGCACCCUGCCGCCGGUGGCCGACACCGACCUGUCGAUGGAGGUGCUGAGUGCCGGCAACAACCAGCUGACGGGCCCCAUCCCGGAGUCCUUCGGCAACCUGAGCAAGCUGCAGCACAUCGACCUGUCCAACAACGUGCUCACGGGGGAAGUGCCGCCAUCGCUGGUGGCCCUGCCCGACUUGGUUUUCCUGCUGCUGGCUAGCAACGAACUGAGUGGCAAGAUUCCUGAUAACGUCGCCGAUUCGGAUAGCCUGCAGGUGAUCCGCCUGAAUGACAACCAGUUCAACGUCAUGCCUGACCGCUGGUUGCACAGCCAGGGAUCGAAACAGCUCUCCAUUCUUGACAUUUCCCACAAUCAACUUGCAGGCACAUUUCCCUUGGGGUUAAGCCGAAGCCCCAAUCUGUCAACACUGUCCCUCCAAGAUAACAACCUUUACGGAGCACUGCCACCAGUGGAAGGCCUCUUCCCUAAGGCCGUGAGGCUCGAGUUCCAUCAGAAUCAUUUUGAGGGUCCCAUUCCUGAGGAGUGGAGCUCCCUUGGAAUGUUCGAGGGGGCCCUGGACCAAGAUGCGCUUCCCUUGAUACCCAUUCUGGAUCUCUCAGACAAUAUGCUCACUGGUGAUUUUCCAGAGUUCCUGGAUCCACGGAGUGCUGACUUUCCAAGCAGGCUGCGAGUGUACCUGGGGGGCAAUGAACUCAGCUGUGGAGACCGCUUCGAUGAUGAGGUUGGCCUGGGGGAAUUCAACACAAAAAUUUUCGGUGUCAAGUGUGCAGAACCUGUUACUCUGGGAGGUGCUCAUGCAAACAGCAAAAUGGCCAAGAUAGCAUCCACCUGUGCUGCCAUUGGUCUCCCGGUCAUGGCUGCUGCCACGAUUUUUUUCAUGUUCUUUGUCAAGGGAACGAGGCAGCCUGCUCCAGCGAUGCAGGAUGGUGGGGAUAUGCAGAACCCUGGCGAGUGUGAGUAUGGCAAGGAAUGGGGCAGUCCUCCUGUCCCAGGGAAGUUAUCUGGUAGAUCAACAAUCAGAACUGAACACUAUUCCUCGGCGCGCUCAUCGCAGCCAACAUACAUGGGCUAG